AUGAGUACUCUACUUCGGUCAGUCAACGAACUCUCAUCAAUGCGCCCUGAAUCUGGGCGGUCGCGUCCUUAUACACGCCAGACAAGCGCAUCCCGGCGACCAUGGACUGCCCAGUCACGCCCUGGGACGGCGCGUCCCCAGACCGCUGCUUCCACUAUGCACGAUGCUAGCUUUGUUAUCGCCCUCAUCGAAAGUAGAGGCAUUGCGCACGAAGUGGGUAUGGCCGCUCUCGACAAAGAUACGGGUAGAGUCAUGCUCAUUCAACUGUCGGACUGUUCUACCUAUGUCAAAACUCUACACCAAAUGCAUGUGCACACGCCAUGCAUGAUAUUAGUUCCCGAUACUUUUAUAUCCUCUGCAAACAAAAGCCUCACUUCUUCUACUUCUUCCACGCGAGUUUCAUCGUCAUCUUUGUCGGUGCAGUUCAUUAGGGAGGAGUUUCCUCAAGUCCCCAUCGAACCGGUAUCGAGAAAAUACUGGAACGAUAGCGCCGGCUAUCAGUUUAUUGCUCAAUUCUGUGUUGAAGACGAUGAACGUGCGGCCACACUGGUAUCUGUGACAGACAAGUCGAGAUCUGCAUGCGCUCUUUUCAAAUUUGUGGAAUCUCGCCUCAAUACCCGCUUUUCUGCGUGUUCUCUUCGUAUACGCUAUAUCCCUGUCGAAGGGACAAUGAUGAUAGACCCCGAAACUGUUAGAAAUUUGGAGCUCAUCAACAACCAGACCCGCAAGAAAUCCACACAUUCUCUCUUUGGGUAUCUGGCACCAUUUCCUCGAUUUGUCGUAGUUUGA